AUGGGCUAGGAAAUGUGAGUCAUUGGUACGGAUCUGGCGUGGAUUUGGCAGAUUUGCACUAAGUGCGGCUCACACGCCACAACAAGAAGACUCAUGAUUGUUUAUGUUAAUGAUCCGGCGUAGUGUUUGUAAUUGUUAUAACGAUUGUGUUUGCUAUGCGUGUUGUGGUGGCUGUGUUGUAGAUGCAGGGAAUCUCCAGACAACAUGGGCGAGAAGGAGAGAAGCCCAGUAAAAGGCUGACCUUCCAAGUGAGCGAGGGGGCUCCGUCACGUCACGUGACACACUCUAACCCUGGGUUCCGGUCACGAUUGAGUCAAUCCACUCCAAACCUGAUGGACAAAGAUGGACACGGUUUGUCCACUAAGAAGCUUCAGUCGGGGCUGAAGAAGCUAACAGGUCGCUGGAAGGGAAGUCAGACCGAUAAUAAGAUGGAGAGUGCCUACUCUGAAACCAACAUAUCCGCUAUUCCGCAUUAUGAUUUAGAGUUCCCGAGUUCGAGCGAACAACUGAUUAGUACAGUGCACGAGGAGUUCAACUCACAGCAGGAGAAGAAUCAUGUCAAACGCAUCUACGAUGACUGGAAGGACCUACGGAGGGGGGUCAAGUACCAGGUACCAGAGGAAUUCUCCUUGUUUUGGGUCGUUCUUGGCAUAUCUCCAAACAAGCGCUUCAAGAUCAAACUCUACUUCGAUCCUGAUAGAAGACAGGUUUACAUAAGCUGGGACACGCAAGUGGGUUGUAUAACCUACUUUGACGGGAUCAGAACUUAUAAGAUAGAGUGUAUGACAACUAUCGAGCGGCAAGACAUUUGGAGUAUGACGGUGACCCGGGAGAAGACUCUCCAAAUUUCCUGUAACUUCGAGCCAGUGGCUCAAUGGAAACUAAUAUCUGAUCAAAACCUACUUUGUGUCCAGCCUAUACGAUUUGGGGGGAAGUACUUCCUUACUGCUAGAGACGGUCUCCCGCCACGACCCCUUCAGAACAGUAACUCCCGGCUCCGCCAGGGGAUAUCCAUGGUGGAAUUAGACAGAUCCAGCAGUAACAACACUACUGAUAGUGUGGCAAGUAGUGAGGAAUAUAGUCUGCACUUAUCUGAUACGCAGUUUGCGUCCUAUGAUGAGGCUACUAUUAAGUUUAACAGCAUGCACGAUUUAAAGGACCAUUACCAUUCGAGCGUACCGACUUCUUCUCACAACGGAAAUAAUCACAAAACCGCUGUGACACCCUCUGACCUAAACAAGAUACGUAUCCUGAACAGUGACGAUCUUCCAGUCAACAACAUCCACGAUCUCCCUCAAACGAACACUUAUCAAAUUCAGAACAGUAACCAUUUUAAUAACAACAGUAACCAACCCCCCAGUAUCUACAAGGACACGAGUUUACAGAGAUUGGAAAACAGGGUUAGAAGUGGAUCUGGCGAAAACACGCAGGAAAUGACGAAGGUCAAGCAGCUUUCCAAUGAUUUGGUAUCCCUAAUAAGUCAGCUGGAGUCAGAUUUUAGAGAAAACGAAAAUUCUUUCAAGCAGAAAAUCAAAACACUGGACGUACUCUCCCGGAACAUGGUACAGACCCUGAAGACAAUGCAACGCGAGAGCAGGGACUCUAAAGCUGAUAUGAAGCGACGGGAAGCAGAUCAGAUGAACAGUACCAUAGCGUUGGAGGACAGGAUCACUGGGAUUGAGGAUGUUCUUAACGGAUCAGAAUAUAACAGCAUGGCGGACGGAUUUACCGACGUCAUCCAGCAGUUCAUGGAGACUGACGGUUUCAGAACUCCGUCCCGCCCCAAAAACACGCUCCCGAAUUUUAAAAAGCAGAUGGAGGACUUCACCACAGAAGUUAACGAGAAAAUUAAAUCUCUGAACAAGCGAAUGAAGAUUGAUCAAUCAUCGAUGGUUAAAGAAAUAAACUUUAUCAAGACCACGGUAGAGCAGUUCGGAGAAAGAACUCAGACAAUCCUUUUGGAGUUGGAGUCGGGGGUAAACUCGUGCGCAGAAGAAAACAGACACCUCAAUACAAAACUGGCAGAUGCAGCCCAGGGUAACGAGGAUAACUUCACCCGGGUGCAGGACCAACUUAACGCUUUCGAUUUGAAGCUGAACAGCUUGGACGGUGCAAUAGAGGAGCUGGAAGAAAAACAGUUAAAGUUCCAGCAGUUGUUAGAGGCAGUGCCAGCUGAAGUACACUACACGACUGUAGAUGAUCUGAGCGAUGUGGCACACUUUGGGAGUGGUGGUGAGGGUAAGAGAAGAGUCAGUGGUCUACCUGCUAUUCAGGAAGAAAACAGAUUGGAAGACCUAGAGAAGACCUGCAGAGAUUUAAUGGAACAGAUGAACUUACAAAAUAAGCAGAUAGAACUGCUGAGGGAGGAGAACUUUGCGUUUAGGAGCCAACUUAGAGGGGAUUUGGGGUUAAGUUCCCCGGUGAAAGAAGAUGCUGUUCCAACAGAAAACAUGACUAUUGAAGGACAAAAAGACAGCGAAGAGGAGGAUUUGUUAUCUAAUACUCUGGAACUGUCCACUACAGAUCCCUCAGUUUCCAGACAUUGAGAGAUCUGAAUAUUUUAGAGAUUUGAAUAAAACGGAUUGCCACGUGGUAUUUCCACGUGGUCAUAUGGUGGAUCUCCACAAUACUACUGGUGCCGUCUGUUUUUAUUUUGUAACACGGCGUCGAGAUGGCAUUUCACCUGGCAAAGACAAAGACUAAAAUCGUCCAGUUAAAUUCCAUUACUUAUCUUAAAAGGAUUGUUAUAGCGGGUCUCUCGAAGAGUAACUAGAGUUAGUGAGAGCUCUAAUAGACAUUAUUACUUGUGCAUACAAGACCUUAGACCACUGGAGGACCUUGCAUUAUGUAAUGGCAUACGUUGUGGAGCCUCGUUAUGACCUUCAUGCGUAUAAUUUGAUUAUUUUACCGAGUUUUCUGAGCUAGAUCGAGUGGACCAUAAAGGGGUUCUCUGUAAUUAUGAAGUGAUUAAGAAGUAUACAAAUAGACAGAAAAAAUCGUGAUUGCAAAUUUGGUUUUGUUUCAUGUUAUUGAGGAAUAAUGCGGAUUGAUGAACUUGUUGAACAUAAGAUUUUUGUAAUUUUGUAUUUUGAUUUUUUAAAAUCUAUUAUUUUUGUAAUUGUACUGACUUAUUUUCGAGAUGCGUAUAAAGAGUUUCUAAAAAUAGUUUGUGAAGCAU